AUGGAUUCCUACAGCGACGAUUCCCUGGCCUCCCCUACUAAAGCUCGCCAGGCCGCAAUUCAGGCAAAAGAUUGGGCCUACGUGAACUCCUGGCUCAUUCAACACUAUGCGCCGAAGUCGGUUCCUCCUUUUGAACGCAAUGAAGAUACCCUGCGGGUACUCUUAGGGCUGGCGGCAGCUAAUGACGCCGCGGACGAGGAAGCUGCUCUUCAACAUCAUGCAAAGAAGGAGAUUCUCGACUCCCUCCAAGCUCGCAAAGUGAUUGACGCGAAAAAUGCCCAUGACCGGCAGAAGGAAGAGAUCUUGGACGAACUUGAGCUGUGUCUGGAUGAAGCGAGUCGAAGCAAUCUGGAAGAUCUCGCAGGUGUAGCAGUCAAUCUUGGUCACACCUCCAACCCCACAUUGCAGGGCCUUGGUCAAUCGAUUGUCGAGCUCACAGCAGAGGAAUUUGACGCGCAGAAUCAGCUAGCAAAGGUGGAAGAGUUGCACCAAUAUCUCCGAAAGGAACUCGAGCGGCUACAGCACGAUCUGGAGGGACUCAAGUCCAGUCCGUCAUAUGAGGCGCCUGCAGAGACCCAAAGUUUGACAUCUGAGUGGGUGCGCAGCACAAAGAUACUCAGUGCCAGAAUUGGCGAGUAUCAGGAUCGAAUCGCCUCGCUUGAACGCUCUCAGCCAAAGGGCCCGACGCUCCAGGAGGUCGUGGUCGAAGAGGAGCAGGUUGUCCGUUUGGGAAAUGACGUGAGAUCUCUUGAGAGACAAGUGAAGGCUUUCCACGAGUUUCCAACAGACGUAGCUGGAGCACGGAGGCAGUACAAGGAGUCUGAGCAAAGGCUCAGUCAGUUGGCAUUCCAGCGGGAUGCAUUGCUCGGUAAAUCAGUUCAUGACUCAUGA